GUUUGCAUGCCUUAGUGCUAGAGCGCCUAACUGUUUCAACACGGAUUAUGCCCAGUAUGUGCAGGCCUCCUUCCUCGAAAGAGGGGGACUGAAGACUAUGAGUUGAAUCGUCGCGCCGAUGGAUGAACAAGGCUUGACUUACGACUCCGAGCUGGGCGGCGGCGCGGCUGCCCGAAGUUCGUCUGCUAUGAGUAUAGAAUCUGGCUGAAACCGAAGAAUACAGGCAGGCAAGAAUCUCUCAUUGCUUCCCACGGCCGUAUUGGUCUGUCUAUGGAUUACCAAGGGAAUUCUCUUAGAGAUUUUCUUAAAAACAAUGGUCAUGUGAUGCUUCAACGAGUUAACAAUUAUAAUUUGAGAUCUUUCACAGAAAAAGAGAUAGAACACAUUACCAACGGAUAUAGCACUUUGCUGGGAAAGGGGGCAUUUGGUGAGGUUUACAAAGGGGCAUUAGAUGAUCAAUGUCCAGUGGCAGUAAAAAAAUACAAAGAUGGAACGAGGAAAGAAGAUUUUGCCAAAGAGGUCAUAGUGCACUCUCAAAUAAACCACAAGAAUGUGGUGAGGCUUUUAGGUUGCUGCACCGAGGAAAAUACUCUGACUAUUGUUAUGGAGUUCAUUUGCAAUGGAAAUCUUAACAAUAUCCUCCACUGCAGCAAUGCUAAUGGCUAUGUUCCCCUCCCUUUGGAGAAGCGUUUGGACAUCGCCAUUGAGUUAGCUGAAGUACUGUCAUGCACGCAUUCAAUGUAUAGUCCUGUUCUUCAUGGGGACAUCAAACCUGCUAAUAUACUACUUGAUGAAAAUCUUGUGCCGAAGCUAUCAGAUUUUGGAAUAGCAAGGUUGCUUUCUACUAAUGAGGUCCAGCAAACCAGAAAUAUUGUUGGUUCCAUAGGUUACCUGGAUCCUUUGUUCAAUCAGACUGGACUUCUAACCCCGAAGAGUGAUGUAUAUAGCUUUGGAGUUGUUUUAGUGGAGAUGAUCACCAGAAAGAAAGUGGCAAAUGGGAAUUUUAACCUUAUUCAAAAUUUCACCAACUCUCUCAAAAGAGGGAAAGCGGUGCGACAAAUGUUUGAUGAUGAAAUUGUGGAUGGAAAAAAGAAGAUAAAGGUUCUUAAAGAUAUUGCAAAGCUUGCAGCUGAAUGCUUGAGAUUGCAGGAGAGACUGCGUCCUGAAAUGGUUGAAGUGGCAGAUAGACUACGGAAAUGUAGAAAAGAUCUGCAGCUGCGCACAAGGGGAGAAAGGACUGGGCCUUCAGCACACCUUGUCCCUCCAGGUAACAACUGCUUACCUGAGCAACAAACUGCUUCUAUUCCUGUUGACCCCACAACCAAAAAUCCACCUACUCCAGUAUUGAAUAUUUCCCUCGCUGAACUAAGGGAAAUAACCAGGAACUUCAGUGAUGAUACUCUAAUAGGGGAGGGCUCACAUGCUAAAGUUUUCCUUGGAGAGCUGAAAGAUGGCCGAAAAUCAGCAGUGAAGAAACUGGGCCAGAAUGCUGUGGUGAAGAACCUUGAUGGCUUUUUUUCUGAGCCUGAUGACGAGUUCGUACAUCAGGUUCAGGCAGUUUCAAGAGUGAAACAUGAUAACAUUGUCCAACUUCUCGGCUACUGUGUUGAUGGGAACGUCCGUGCUGUCAUUUAUGAGUAUUCAUCAAGGGGCUCCUUGCAAGAUAUUCUUCUAGGAACCCAACAUGGGCGAGUUCUGUCGUGGACCCAACGAGUCAAGAUUGCCUUAUGUGUUGCGCAGGGGAUUGAGUUCCUUCAUCAUAAGACAGAGCCUUGCAUCAUUCACAGUGACAUCAAGUCGAGCAACAUUCUCUUGUUCGAUAAUGAUGUUGCAAAGAUUGCAGACCUCCGUAUCUCCAAAAAUCGCCCCGGUUACUUGGAUGAUCUUAUUUUGGAUUGUGUUCAUCCCUCCCAUAAUGUUUAUGAUGCACCUGAGUGUAAAGCAACUGGAGAGUUUACCAGGGAGAAUGAUGUAUAUAGCUUUGGGAUUGUGCUGUUGGAGCUUUUAACUGGUCGCACAUCAAGACAUCCCCAGAAUAGGAUCAUGACUGGGGCUAUGCCAGGACUUGGUGGCGAUGAGGUGCAAGUGCAACGAUGUGUGGAUCCAAGGCUUAUAGGAAAAUAUCCUCCCAAGGCUGUCGCCAGGAUGGCUGCAAUCGUGUGCCGCUGUGUGCAAGACAAGGCGGACUCCCGCCCCAGCAUGAGCAUCGUUGUAACCAAUCUGCGCUCCUUACUGGAAAACACGCCAAGCAAACUCUGGCGUUGGUGAAGCACCUGGAGUGUGAUGCUUCUAAUGUUUGGAAUCAUUUCCUUCCAGCUGAGACUUUUUGUUAAUCAUGUAACCUUUAAGUUUUAGUUGUAAAGCUCCUCAUAUGUCCCAAACACAUAUGUGACCUUACGAGCAUCUUAUACCGUCCUAGAGUUCCAGUCUCUGGCUGUGACUAUUUGAUGAAGGUCUGGAGCAAAAUAAGAUUGGUUCCCAAUUGCCCAGGGAGAGGC